CCUUCAUAUGAAUUUAUCGAUCUGGAUUAUCAAUAUCUCUACUUAAGUAACUGCUGACGCUUACUAUCUUCAAUACAGGUUAUCUUGCUGAUUGCGGACAUCUCCUUAGACCCAAUGACAUAUUCAUAUCAAAUAAACUCUUCAUUGAUACCUUUGGUGCCCACGCAUCAUCUCAAGCCACAUAAAGGGCCACCCAUUGAAAUACUGUGUAGCAUCCUCAGUUCAUCCAACAAUGAGAUCGAACUGCCUGCGCCUUGCUAAGUUGCGUCCGAAACGUAAUGCCCCGCAGAGCAAUAAACUGCAUUCGAAACUAUGGCGGCCAUUCUGGCAUCACCCUAUCAUUCUUAUCACUUUUGUUUUUCUGUUCUUGUUGCUCUUGGUCUCGCUAAUAAUCCUAUGGAACUAUGACCGAAAAAACAAUGGCAUCCCCAUCACAAUUUCGAAGAGCCACUACUCCUGGAAGUAUGGGCCAACGGUCAUUCUGACUGUUAUUCUCAGCCUCUGGACGCAGGUAGACUAUUACACCAAGUUGUUACAGCCAUGGGGAGCGAUGAAGACUCGAACAACCAGCUCUUCCCGAAGCCUCCUACUAGACUAUAUAUCACCAAUCAGCGUUCAGACCCUAUGUAAAGCUACAAGAAACCGCCAUUUUUCAGUAGCACUAUCUGUGCUUAUACUGAGUCUACUACAACUCGUCAUCUUCCUAUCGACCGGUCUCCUUCAGUCAAAAUCUACACUAGUAUCUGAGAAUCACCCAUUAACCAUCGAUACUAGAUUUGACAUGUCUCGAGUGGAUGAAACCCUUAAUCAUCAGAAUUUGACCAGGGAUAACCCAGACUGGAUGUCACACAUAACUUCAUCUCCCAGACCAGCAUACGCUUUACAGGCCUUGCUUCAGGGAAAAAUACAAUACCCACAGGGAACUCAAUCCCGGAAUGCCUUCCAGACCAUUGAUUCUCCUUCAGACAUAGCCAAUAUCACCGGUAUGUCGGCAAUAGUCGAGGCUUUUACUCCAGACAUAAGCUGCGAAACGCCUUCGGAUCUACUACUUGAUGUUCAGCCAAAUAUAUAUCCUCACGAUGAUUGGUACGAAAACAUCAAGUUCACAUUCAAAAGUCGAGUCUGUUACAGCGACUGGAGGGAUCAAGUAAAUACUGGCCCCGUAAUAUAUGGUCUGCAGGUAAUCAACUGUCAUGAACCACCCAGAACUACGAAUGAAACGAGAAGGGAUAAGAUGUCGACGCGAAAUGAUACAGGGCCUGAUCAAGUAUUGUUCUUUCUGAUUACGGAAGCAGUGUAUCCGUAUCAACAUUACAGCAAUGGAUCCUAUGCUGUGCUGAGACAAUCAGCAACGGCUUGCCAGGUUGGAUACAAGAUUGAACGCGGAACAUUAACCCAGAAUCUAGUUCCAUCUGUCCCUCAAUCUGGUCUAUCUGAUCUUUCAUUGACUAGGUCCCAUAUCAAAGGGCUGAAUGGAACUCAGCUCUUAACAAUUGCUUUAGGAGCGUCAGAAGCUACAGGGUUCCUCAAAGAUCCUUAUGGGCUCUUCACCUUAUUAAAAUCCAGUUGGAAAGAUCCGGAUGCCUGGAACGAGAGCUUAUUUGACCCCGAUACAAUGCGAAAUACGGCACGUGAUGUUCUCGCAGGUCUCUGCGUUCAAGUCAUUCACGAUCAAUUCAUGUCACCAGAUAACACGACUACCCCAGGCACCGUAACUUACUUUGAAGAUAGACUUCGGCUUCAGAGCGCAUUUUUAUGGCCGAUGGUUGUUUUGACAGCAAUCAUUAGCGUCCUAUCAUUCGCCUUUCUCCUGAACAGGCCUGGUGCGGCAGUAUCGCAAGAUCCUGGUUUAAUCGGUACUCAUGCUGCUAUUUUAUCCUCUAGCCGAGUCUUAGGUAACUUGCUUCGAACAGUUGGAGAUAUGCGCACUGAAGAGCUCGAAAAAUCGCUUGAUGGAAGUUUUUUCAAAACAUCCAUCAACCAGGAAGGAAGAUUUUCUAUCACGGUCAAAGGAGAAUCGUUCGUUUCGGGCGAGAAACCUCAGCAGCCAUCUGAUUCAAUGACGGGGCCUCUAUUGAACCCCGAAGAUAGAAACAUCAAAUCAGGUCCUUGGAUUCCUUUUACCUUUACAUAUCCGUUUCUCUCACUCCUUUUCAUCCUCCCGACGUUGGCAAUCGGUGCUCUAGAAGUUUUAUACCGUGUAGCAAAGAAAAACCACGGUCUCACCAACGCAGAUGACAAUAUUUUCCAAACUCUUUCUAUAUAUGUCUCAGCCGGUGUGACAUUGACGAUUGCAGCAACCUUUAGCAGUUUCAACUCCACUGCUACAUCUUUCUCUCCCUAUCAUGCAUUAUCAAUCAGUGGAAGUAAAGCCAAUCACAGCGUCUUGGUGAACUUCUUCGGCUCUUUACCUCCUAUUACCUUGUACCGCACUCUGAAAGAACGAUAUUACUCAGUUUCCCUUUCCUCCGUUGCCGGAAUCAUCGGUAGUGGGCUUACUAUCGUGGUAUCGGGCCUCUGGAUCACAAAUCAGUCUACCAGUAUCACUACUGAUUUCGAAACCAGGCAAACAACAACAUGGGAUUUAAACUGGCCACAUAGUGCCACUGAUGAUGGUGGAGCUUCUUCAUUACUCAAUAUUCUCCAACAGAACUUGUCAAUUGCACCACCAGCUGGUAUAUGGGAUGACCUCGUCUUUCCAGAGUGGAACAGCAGAAGCCUAUACAACACAUCAAGUGACAAUACGACAGACAGCGUUAAAUUGAGUCUUUCAGCACUUAGACCCGAACUUACAUGUGACUUCGUUCUUCAGACAGGAGUAUCAAGAGAUUUGGAUUUGGACCCCGGCAUAUCUAGGCAACUUGAACUCCCUGAAAACUGCGCCUGGAGACAUGGAGACUUGACUGGAAUGCAAUUUAAUCUGUCGUAUAACCAGGUCGACACCGUACCAAUCUGGACAAGCGCCGUUUUCGAUGUUCCUACCAUUCCAUGGAGCGGUACGAACCGCGACCUUUUCUUUGACUACAGCUUAUCGAAGAUUUCGAAUUCAACAGCGAGAGUAGGAAGCGAAAUGGCCAAUAAUAGCCUCAAUGGUUGUCCUUCGUUUUCCAUUUUUAAUUCACUCACAGCGGGAAGCUUCAGUACCUUCGACAUAUAUCUCGCCAACACCACCACUUUAAUGUGUUAUCAGAGGAUCCAGCAAGUACAGACUUCAGUUGUACUGAAAUCAGAAGCACAUGGUAGGCUAGAGGUGUCAAACUUGUUGUCGGCGCCCGUUCCAGAUGAGCAGUCGGCUAUUUACUUGACAAAUAGCCGUGAUAACUCCAGCUUGUUUCGAUACCAAAUUGAGCCUCAUCUAGCUCGCAACUUGAGCCAACCGUUACAAGGUCGAUAUCACCCCUUUUUCUCUCUCAUAACACCUGGAAAUUUCACCGAAGUAUUCCUGCACUAUAAAAGUCUAGACGAAUACAAAGCUGCAAUUAACAAGGCCUAUAAAAGCUACAUGGUUCAAGUCAUCAAUUCAUCAAUCUUUCGGAAAAACGUUACGGGUUCCUCAACUGAGGAUGCUCCCAUGAUUAAAGGAACACUCCACCAGAGAGUCGGCCGUCUUACCAUCGACUACACGUCAAAACUAGUAUUGCAAAUCAUGCUAUCGAUAAUGCUACUCUUGGAAGCGGGUGCGCUUUGGAAGAUGAAUCUACGAGGUACGCUACCGCGAAAGCCGUACUCGAUUGCUAGCAUUAUGGGGUUCUUGGCAGGUAGCAGCAUCUGCGAACCCACAUUCAUGCCGAACGGGGCGGAAUGGAUGAACAAAGAAGAAUUGUCCAGGCUAUUUGGCGAUCGAACACUCGGACUUGGCUGGUGGGAUGAUGAGCACCGUGAUGCAAGGAACGAGGAGACUGAGCAUCCCAAAACCCUCAGAUAUGGGAUCGACUUUGGUGAACCUCGAGAACGGUCAUUAAGAGCAAAUCGUAUGAGUGAAUAG